GGGUUGUAUAGGUUGUAUACCGUUGAAUGGGAUUUAUCUGCACUCCGUCGUCAUGAUUCGUGUUUUUGUGACUUUAUACACGCCCGGCAUUGAUGUGAAACCUCCUGAACUGGUGCUGAGAAGUUCACCUGCCUUCUGAUGGGGGUGCAUACUCACCAUUCGUCCGAUUAGCUGCUGAGCCUUGGCCUGAAACUGCAACCUUGUACCAACCGCUGAAGGAGGAUCAGAUUCUGCUGUCGGACUGUGCUUCAUCUCUUGCUGUUCAGGCCUACCUCAGGAUGUGUGGUCUACCAGUGCAGGUGGCUUACAGAGCAAAUGCUGAAUACAUGUCACCUUCUGGUAAGAUUCCCUUUAUCCAUGUAGGAAACCAGGUGGUGUCAGAACUGGGGCCGAUCGUGCAGUUCACCAAAGCUAAGGGUCAUUCUCUGAGUGAUGGCUUAGAUGAUAUUCAGAGAGCUGAAAUGAAAGCGUAUAUGGAGCUGGUCAACAACAUGCUGCUCACUGCUGAGUUGUAUAUCCAGUGGUGUGAUGAUGCUACAGCUGCUGAGAUCUCACGUCCCAGGUACAGCAGUCCUUACUCGUGGCCUCUCAGUAACAUCCUCGCCUAUCAGAAGCAGUGGGAGGUUCGCAGGAAGAUGAAUGCCAUCGGCUGGGGAGGGAAAACCCUGGAGCAGGUUUAUGAGGAUGUGAGUCAAUGCUGCCAGGCUCUCUCCCAGAGGCUGGGAACACAACCGUUCUUCUUUAAUAAACAACCUACAGAACUGGAUGCGUUGGUGUUUGGUCACCUCUUCACUAUACUGACAACCAGACUGACCAGCACAGAGCUGGCAGAGAGAAUCAAGAGCUACAGCAACCUACUGUCCUUCUGCAGACGCAUCGAACAGACCUACUUUGAAGACAAGACCUCCUGAAGGAUGGAAAAUAACCUCUCUGUGUAAUCUCAUCUUGUACAUUCUGUCCUCCCCGCUCUCAUUCCCUCUAUGUAGCACUAAGAAUUUAAAAAAUGCUUAUAUUCACAUACCUGUCCCUUCGUGAUUUUUGCUUUUCUUCUCCCAUUUGCUUUGUGCUUGUACAUGGUUGCAUGCUGCUGAUAGGAGUCCAGUGGAGCCAGUUCUUUUAAGAGUUAUGUGCCCUUCACAUAUAUGAAUUUACCAGGAGUUUUUACUAUAAUUUCAGGUAUGGGUAACACUAAAGUACCCUAAACAAAUCACAAGAAGAUCAUUCUUAAGGGUAUUAACAACACAUGUAUACCACCACAAAAGGUUUUUCCCAAGUUUAACACAAAAUAAAUAAUGCUAGUCAGUCUGAUCUGUAACUGUUUUAGCUGAGCUGCUUCAGGAAGCCACCAAAUGUGGCCAUGGAGCCUUUACUUUUCCAGCAAUAUGGGAACUGAAGUAUAAGAAGAAGAUGAUAAUAAUGCAACUCUUCACGAAUCCUAGAAGGUGGUCUGAAGUCAGGGGUUAGCUGAUGGUGAACUGACAGGGAUUCAGUGUCAGGAUCAAGAACACUUCAGCAGGGUGGAUGCUUCCCAACUCAGGGGUGUAGACUUAUUUAUAUGCUCUUAUUUUUCAUUGUUUGCACUCUGUUACACAGGAAGGCUGUCUACUCUCACGCUGAGUUUUCUUUUUCCUUCAUGGAACUUUAGGAGCUUGUAAGAAAUGUGAUGCAGUGUUGCUUUUUUCUGUACAAAAAAGAGGAUGUGAAUUAUUCUUUAGUUUUUCCACCUUUGUUUUCUUUGUGUGAAUUGAAAGUGCCUACAGAAUAAAAGUCAUUAAAUACAA